AUGGACUUGAACGGCCAGCAGGGUGCAAAAACGGCCAUGACACUUGCUCUCCGCUAUCCAAACCUCGUAUCGAAAGUCGUUGCUAUCGAUAAUGGCCCCAUUAAUCUGCCCUUAAAGCCAUACUUUACAAAAUAUCUUGAAGGAAUGGCAAAGGCCAACGAUGCCAAGGUAAGAUCUCAUCUAGAGGCAGAUGAGAUUCUCCGUGAAUACGAAUCGUCACCAACGGUACGACUAUGGCUACUAAGCAAUUUCGUCAAAAGCAAGGAUCAGCCUCACUUGCAGCUUCGCAUUCCUCUAGACAUUUUAAAGAACGCCAUGGGACCAUUGGGUGAUUUUCCGGACAAGGAUGGGCCUUUCAAAUUCAACUCUGCUACUCUGUUUCUCCGAGGCCUGCAGAGUCACUAUAUACCUGACACUGCUUUCCCGCUCAUUUCUUCACUUUUUCCCCAGUCAAAGAUUGUCGAUAUCGAUUGCGGGCAUUGGAUCGUUCAAGAUCGACCUGAAGAAUUUAGAAAAGGUAAUCAUUACUUAGUCCAAUGGCUUCAAGAUCUCCUGCUGAUAUUCAAUUCCUUAGCUGUUGUUGAUUUUCUACAGGACGAAGAAUAG